UUUCUUUUUUUUUUUUUUAGAUGCCCUGUCACACUGUACUGGUGGAUUUGCUUUGCGCGCGCGCGCAUUCGUUGCAGCACUCGAAAAGAAACGCUCAAGGCGGUGACCGGAGCGCGCGCGAGCGCUCAAAACACACAGUUUCGAUUUUUUUACUCACCGACACGGACGGAUAUUCAGCCCGGUUAUUGAGCUUCUCUCAUGAAAGGGGACGCUGAAGAAUGUUGGCUUUCUGUGCUGCGGAUUUGCAUCAGUCAGAAGACUAGAUACCAACAGAGGUGUGGCGUGUCGCUUCAGGUCCUUUACAGUCUGCGCUCUGACGUCCUUAAGAUAGCCCAGUGCUACAGAUCCAGGGUUUAGGAUUUGCUCUCCCACAAGAGUGCUGGAGAAGAAGAACAGCAACUGAGAGAAAGAGAGAGAGAGAGAGAGAGAGAGAGAGAGAGAGAGAGAGAGAGAGAUCAGCAAGCCAGUGUCUUUACAUCCACCAAGGGAAGGAUGGGAGAAAUGGAGGAAGAUAAGAGCCGGGCAGGAAGGAUGUUUGAGACAUUCGUCCAGGCGACCACGUGUAAGUCCACACUGCAGGCCUUUAACAUCCUGUGUACUUACCUGGAGCUAGAUCCUCUGGAGUAUGACUCCUUCUACAGCAGCCUGAAGAGCAGACUGACUUGCUGGAAAGCCAAAGCACUAUGGAGCAAACUAGACAAGAGAGCCGCACACAAGGAGUACAAGAAAGUCCCAGCCUGCAUAGGCACAAAGUGCUUAAUAAUCGGAGGAGGACCCUGUGGCCUGCGUACUGCUAUAGAACUGGCUUUCCUUGGUGCCAAAGUAGUGGUGAUCGAGAAGAGAGACACAUUUUCCAGGAACAAUGUUCUGCACCUAUGGCCCUUCACCAUCCAUGACCUCCGAGGCCUGGGGGCUAAGAAGUUUUAUGGCAAGUUCUGUGCAGGAGCCAUAGACCACAUCAGUAUUCGGCAGCUCCAGCUCAUGCUCCUGAAGAUCGCUCUGCUGUUAGGGGUUGAGUUUCAUGUCAACGUGGAGUUUGUAAAGCUUCUGGAGCCUCCAGAAGACCAGGAAAACGAGGGACCCGGUUGGAAGGCGGAGAUCCGGCCAUCAGAUCACCCUGUAGCUGACUUUGAUUUUGACGUUGUGGUCGGCGCUGACGGGAGACGAAACACACUCGAAGGAUUUAGACGGAAAGAAUUCCGCGGGAAACUGGCCAUCGCUAUUACAGCCAACUUUAUCAACAGGAACACUACAGCAGAGGCCAAAGUGGAGGAAAUCAGUGGCGUGGCCUUUAUCUUCAACCAGAAGUUCUUCCAGGACCUCAAACAAGAGACCGGCAUUGACUUGGAGAACAUUGUGUACUACAAAGACAACACGCACUACUUCGUCAUGACAGCUAAAAAGCAGAGUCUUCUGGAUAAAGGGGUCAUCAUUCAUGAUUAUAUCGACACAGAAGCUCUGCUCAGCAGUGACAAUGUGAACCAGGAGGCUCUGCUAUGCUACGCUCGGGAGGCUGCCGACUAUGCCACGCAUUACCAGCUGCCCACCCUGGAGUACGCCAUGAACCACCUCGACCAGCCGGAUGUAGCUAUGUUUGACUUUACCUGUAUGUAUGCCUCAGAAAAUGCAGCUCUGGUCAGAGAGCGGUUUGGACAUCAGCUGCUGGUGGCACUGGUGGGAGAUAGUCUGCUAGAGCCUUUUUGGCCCAUGGGUACAGGAUGUGCCCGUGGCUUCUUGGCGGCAUUUGAUACAGCCUGGAUGGUCAAGAGCUGGGCACAGGGAAGAGGGCCACUGGAAGUGCUAGCUGAGAGGGAGAGUCUUUACCGUCUGCUACCUCAAACAACACCUGAAAAUAUCGCCAAGAACUUUGAUCAGUACACCAUAGAUCCUGGAACACGUUAUCCCAACCUCAACUCCAACUGUGUGAGACCACACCAGGUCCGUAACUACUACAUGUGCGGUGAACUGAAGUCCUGCUCCUUGGAGCGAGCUGCAACCAUACGCCGCCCAGUUAAUCUGGCACGACGAGAAUCUGAGAUCAGGCCCAGCAGGUUGCUGACAUGGUGUCAAAAGCAGACAGAGGGCUAUCGAGGCGUCACUGUGACUGACCUGAACUCAUCAUGGACCAGCGGGUUGGCCUUCUGCGCUCUUAUCCACCGUUUCAGAGCACACCUCAUUGAUUAUGAUUCCCUGAAUGAAGAAGACUCUGUUAAAAAUGUCCAGCUAGCAUUCGACACGGCUGAAAAGGAGUUUGGCAUCAAGCCGUUCACUACAGGCAAGGAGCUAGCAUCGGGCCAAGAGCCAGACAAGAACAGCAUGGUGACCUACCUGUCCAAAUUCUACGAGCUCUUCAGGGGAACACCUCUGCCAUCCUCAGAUUCAAGAAGAGAAACAGGGGGAAAUAAUAAAGAAUUUACUGAAAGAGCUUCCCAACCUGUUUGUAGAUCAAUGAGCUUUACACUGCCUCGAAAACGAAUCCCAAAGGAUGAUAAAAAGGUAGAAGAUAAUGAUUCUUUUAACAAAAGAAGACGGAGGACAGUCUGCAAUUUUUUGGAACAGGUAAACAACCUCUCCAGUCAAAACACAGCACCUGAGAAACAGGAGAUAAAAGAGAAUAAAGUCAAAUUCAUGGCUUCUCAGCUACUGGCAAGGUUUGAGGAGAGCACUCCAAGCUGCACUCUGCGUAGGCAGCUUACCGCAAGCGCUCUGAGGCCUCCGGGACCUCCAUCACACGAUCUGACUGAACUCCCACUCUCCAUAAAACCCAGGAAGAAAAACCCACCUCCUCCACCUCCUAAAACACAGCUCCAACCAUCAGAUCCUCUCCUCCCCUUUCCCUUUAACAUCUCUCGGCAUGAUUGCCAGAAUCUCACCCACACUGUUCAUGCUUCACAGUCACACUCACACUCAAAGCCUUCUGACACACACAUGAAACCAACAUCACAGUCAGAGAUACCAGAAGCAGACCACGCUGCAUCAUGUCACUCUGCCAUACUGACCAUGAGAGCAAUGCUGCAGCGUCUGCAGAGAGUGGAGGAAAAAAUCAACCAGAGGAAAGCGCAGACAGAAAACACUAGAGAGUUCCGUAGAAAAAGCAUAAAGGAGAAAGCCAACCAUUUGAGCUCUCUAUUCUCUGGCAGCAACGUUGAACCCCCUCAGUUAAGUAGUAAUAGGAGUGCCUGUGAAAAAGAAACAGAGAUGCCUCAGUGGAAAGGAAAUAAAAAUAUUAAGACUUUUAAGAAGCGCACUGUAGGGAAAGUGUCUCUGGUGGUAGAAGCUCGGGCCGAGAGGCUGCUUACUCUCUAUGAGAAUGAUCACAGGCCCACAGACACCUGUAUAACCUCACCGGGUUCCUUACGGAGGGAAUUCCCCCAGAGCUCGGGUGAUGUGUGCUAUGCGUGCAAGAAGCGGGUGUAUGUGGUAGAGCGCCUGAGUGCCGAGGGACUGUUCUUCCACAGAGAGUGUUUCCGCUGUGACACCUGUAGCGCUCCUUUAUGUCAGGGUGCACAAGCUUUCGACUCGGAACAGGGAAAGCUGUACUGCAAGCUCCAUUUCUCUCAGCGUAAAUGUGCUAUAAAGCCCAGCAGGAUAUUAGAGCCACAGAUGCCAUCUGAAAGCACCACCCGGAGAAGUGCAUCUCCGAGUUCAGCCGAGAGUGACAUCAGCUCCACGCCGUCUGCAGGUACUCUGUCCUCUGUGCUGAGGAGAAGUCUGCUCUGGCCGCUGCAUGUGAGCCGGGCUGUGUGUGCAACACCCCGCCGUGUUCGUAACUGGCUGGGCGAGAAAGCUCAGACUCUGGGCCGGCACCUCAGGGAAAACGCACAUGACUACACAAUUUUGUAUGAACUGCUAAGCGUGGGGUUGCCCCUGCUUGUGGUGCUCUAUGAAAUCCUGCUGCAGAUGCAUGCUGAAACCGGACCUCUCAACCUGCAGCUCCUGCAGCAGUGGCUCGAACAGCAUCUGGGCCGUGGGUUCCUCACGUAGACCACUGGGUUAAAUCUUUUAUUAUUUAACAUCUAUUAUUGAAAAAAUAACGCUUCCAGCACUCUCAAAACUGAUGGUUAGCUGAGAAGAACAAUAUUUUUGAAUAGAACGUGAACAUUUUUGUUCAUUGACAUGCUGUAUAAACCUUGAGAUAGCUGCUGCUCAUAAAUUUCCUUUGCCUGAAAACUGGGAAUUGAACAGUUGGUCUUGGACCAAUUUCUUUGCUGUUCUCACGUUACAGAAGUUCUCAGAAUGGUAGAAAAAGGAAGGGCAAAAGGGAAAAAAUGGAAAACUGAAUGUAAAGCACUUUAAUGAGUGAGCUGCCUGGGAUUGUACAUGUGUAGGAUUAGGAGCAAUAUUUCUGCAUGAAUUGUACAAUAUAUUUUAAUCUGAAGUAAUUACUGUGUGUGUGUAUGUGUGUGUUGCAAGUUUACUGACACAUAACUGACCUGAAUCUGCUUUUUAUGAUCCUGCCAAACCAAACACCGGGGUGUUAUCAUUUGUACCAUCCUCACAUUCCACUUACUGAUAGCGAAUGUUUACACACCUCAUCAUAAGAUUCAAACGUCUAGCAGAUAUGCUUUAUUAUCGCAAUGCAUCUUCCUCUUAGUUUGUGGUUUGUGAUAAUUCAUCUUCUUUUCCACAUUCCACUGCUGAAUAUAAUGAAAAAACUAAACACAAGAUUGUUUGUGCUCACAUACUGGUGUAACUUUGAGUUUUAGAGGCCAGAGGGAAUUCAAAGAGCAUCGUAGACACAAAGUUUUCUGAGUGUGGCACAUCGCAUGCUCAGAAAUCACACACAGCUAUAUUUAAAGAAGCACAGAUCAUUUCAGGACAUUGACAGGGGUGUCAAGCGUCCUCUUUUAGCUCUCUUGCAAACUGGACAACUAUUUAUUUUUCCUUAAACAGUCCAGUUCUGGUGAGUCCGUAGCCUCAGAUUCCAGUUUUCAGCUGAAGUAGAAACCAGUGUGAUCUUCUCCUGUUGUAGCUCAUCCACCUAAAAACUCAACAUGAUCUGAGAUGCUUUUCUUCUCAGCACAAGAUCGAAAGUACUGACACUUACAGGAUCUUAUUGUUUCAUCAUUUACAUGUAAAAUGCUCAAACCGGACCAUCAUUCAACAGUCAAAAUCACUGAGAUCUUUAACUGAUGCUCUUGUGUGUACUGAACUGGGAUUAUUACAGUAUACAUCAACAGAGGAGAGAUACUCAAGAGGAAUCUUGCUAAUGAUACAUUACAUAUCAUUGUAACAAUUUAUUAAAGUUUACUGCUCGGAAAACAGAGCCUAGUUCUUUUACAAUACAAUUUGAAUGAAAAACAUGACUUCCACAUGAAUUUUAUACGUACAGUAUGUUUGACACCCCUGCAUUAUAAAACAGUGUUAAUAGACUGUUUUGUGUGCGGACUAAAGGCACUGAUCAUAUGACAACUCAGCAGAUCUGUUUUCUAAGGAGCUUUGUAUUUUUAUACACUGGAAGGUAUAUUUUGUACUGUUCCGUUGUGAAACGUUCUUUUAUUUUAUUUUAUUUCAUUUUGGUUUGUGUGUUGUAUUUUCUUUCUUAUAAAACGCACACCGUUCACCAACAAAAAAAAGAAAACAGAAAAGAAAAAAAAUCUGCAUGUUAUUUAACCUCACACUGUGUCAUUUAAUUUCAUCUUCUUCGUAUUUCAUCUUUUUUCUCUUUCCUGUUAGUCUUUCUCGACCUGUCUGCUGUGUCCGUUCCUGAGUCACUGACAGACUCAAGGUGAUCACCCACACGCUCCCAUGUAGCAAUGGUCUGUAGUGUGUCCAUAAAGCACGAAAGCCUGCACACGUGCGCUAGGUAAUAGAUAACAUGCGCAUGGCAAAUGUACCUGAGCUACAUCGGCUCUUAACAGCUAAUUUCCUGUCUGCAAGGGCUGUUUAUUCUCUGUAUCAUUGUUUGCACAGCAGAGUUACGGUGUUGUGUUUGGAUCUGCAUCUGAUGUGUCAUUUCUGGGAAAGGCAUUUAGAUCUUACCAGUAGUCCUGACUAACAGAAAAGUUCUUCCUGUGGAGCAUCUUCAUUACACAUUUUUAAUCAUUCUGCUGUUUCAGAGCCUGCUCUCAUUAAUUAAACCCCAUCUUGCCUCGUGAAAUGUAGAAUUAGCACCUUUUACCUGACAUGUUGCAAAACUGUAUUAAGAUUCUUUUUCUUUUGGUAUUAUUUAUACCAAGCAAUAUGUGUUUAAUAAAUGACAUAAGCAAAUGUA